GCCAGUCCGCCAUAUCUCUGCGGGCGAAAUAGCAAACCCUAGUUGCUGCACAACUCUGCGGCCCGGACACAGGCAAACCUGAGAUUGAAAGCAGAAAAUUCUUCAUUUGAGGGUUUAAGCAAAAAAAGAAAAAGAAAAAGAAAUGGAUGUAAAAGCUGAAGAGUUUUCGUCACAAGUAGCUAAAAGGAAAUAUGCGGAGGAAAAUUCAGCUGGCGUAGAAGUUCCAGAUGAAGAUUCAGCUUCAAAGAGGCGCAACAUUACUCGAACAUGUGUGCAUGAGGUGGCAGUUCCAACUGGGUAUACCUCAAGUAAGGAUGAAUCUGUUCAUGGUACUCUUAGUAGUCCUGUUUAUAAUGGGGAGAUGGCAAAGACCUAUGCGUUUAAUCUUGAUCCAUUUCAAGAAGUUUCUGUUGCAUGCUUGGAGAGGAACGAGUCAGUUUUGGUCUCAGCACAUACAUCUGCUGGGAAGACAGCUGUGGCAGAGUAUGCUAUUGCAAUGUCAUUCAGGGAUAAACAAAGGGUCAUAUAUACUUCACCACUGAAAGCACUAAGCAAUCAAAAAUAUAGAGAACUGAGCCAAGAGUUUUCUGACGUUGGGUUAAUGACUGGAGAUGUUACACUUUCCCCAAAUGCAAGCUGUCUGGUGAUGACCACGGAGAUCCUCAGAGGCAUGCUCUAUAGGGGUUCUGAGGUGUUGAAGGAGGUUGCUUGGGUUAUCUUUGAUGAAAUACACUACAUGAAAGAUCGCGAGAGAGGCGUUGUUUGGGAAGAGAGUAUUAUCUUUUUGCCGCCAGCGAUUAAGAUGGUUUUCCUUUCUGCUACAAUGUCAAAUGCUACUGAGUUUGCUGAAUGGAUAUGCAAUUUGCAUAAGCAGCCAUGUCAUGUGGUUUACACUGAUUUCCGCCCUACACCAUUGCAGCAUUACGUUUUUCCCACAGGUGGCUCUGGAUUGUAUCUUGUAGUGGAUGAAACUGAGAAGUUUAGGGAGGACAAUUUUGCAAAAGUACAGGACGCUUUUACAAAGCAGCAUCCGGCAAAUGGAAGCAAGGGUAUUAAUCCCAAGGCAAGUGGUAGAAUUGCUAAAGGAGGGAAAGCCUCUGGUGGAUCUGACAUCUACAAAAUUGUGAAGAUGAUUAUGGAACGGAAGUUCCAGCCAGUCAUAAUUUUCAGCUUUAGUAGAAGAGAGUGUGAACAACAUGCUAUGUCUAUGUCCAAACUAGAUUUCAAUACGGAAGAGGAGAAGGAUAUUGUUGAACAGGUAUUCAGGAAUGCAAUACUCUGCUUGAAUGAGGAAGAUAGAAGCUUACCUGCCAUAGAACUUAUGCUGCCACUGCUUCAGCGUGGUAUUGCUGUGCACCAUUCUGGCCUGCUCCCUAUUAUCAAGGAACUCGUAGAACUUCUCUUCCAAGAAGGACUUGUUAAGGCUCUUUUUGCAACUGAAACGUUUGCGAUGGGACUAAACAUGCCUGCAAAAACAGUAGUUUUUACUAGUGUCAAGAAAUGGGAUGGUGAUAGCCACAGAUUCAUUGGAUCUGGAGAGUACAUCCAAAUGAGUGGAAGAGCUGGACGCCGUGGCAAAGAUGAUCGUGGAAUUUGUAUCAUAAUGAUAGAUGAGCAGAUGGAGAUGAACACCCUGAAGGACAUGAUUUUGGGGAAACCGGCACCUUUGCUCAGCACAUUUAGGCUUAGUUACUACUCAAUUUUGAACUUAAUGAGUCGUGCUGAAGGCCAAUUUACUGCUGAGCGUGUUAUCAAACACUCUUUCCACCAGUUUCAGUACGAGAAGGCCUUGCCUGAUAUAGGGAAAAAAGUUUCUAUGCUAGAAGAGGAAGCUGCUGUGCUCGAUGCUUCAGGAGAGGCUGAGGUAGCUGAAUAUCAUAAGUUGAAGCUUGAGAUAUCACAAAUUGAGAAGAAAAUGAUGGCUGAAAUAACACGACCUGAGAGGGUUCUUUAUUUCCUACUGCCCGGUAGACUGGUUAAAGUUCGGGAGGGCAGAAAGGAUUGGGGUUGGGGGGUUGUUGUCAAUGUUGUUAGGAGACCCCCAACAACAUCAGGUUCUUUGCCUGCUGCACUUUCUGCUUUGCGUGGUAGUACCUAUAUUGUGGAUACAUUACUUCAUUGCUCUCUUGGUUCCAGUGAAAGCGGUUCUCGUCCUAAACCAUGUCCUCCUGUUCCUGGAGAAAUGGGUGAAAUGCAUGUGGUUCCUGUACAAUUGCCACUAAUAUCUGCAAUCAGCAAACUGAGAGUAACUGUUCCUCCCGAUCUCCGUCCGCUUGAGGCAAGGCAAAGCAUCCUGCUUGCUUUAGGAGCACUUGAAAAGAGUUUCCCUCAAGGCUUCCCAAAGCUGAACCCUGUGAAGGACAUGGAAAUAGAAGAUCCUGAAUUUGUUGAUAUGAUGAGCCAAAUAGAAGAACUGGAGAAAAAAUUGUUUGCUCACCCUCUGCACAAGUCACAAGAUGAGCAUCAGCUUAAGUCUUUCCAUAGGAAGGCUGAGGUGAACCAUGAAAUUCAACAGCUUAAGUCAAAGAUGCGUGAUUCACAGCUUCAAAAAUUUAGGGAUGAACUUAAAAAUCGCUCCCGUGUCCUUAAAAAACUGGGUCAUAUUGAUGCUGAUGGUGUCGUUCAAUUGAAAGGAAGAGCAGCAUGCUUGAUAGACACAGGGGAUGAACUCCUUGUUACUGAGCUAAUGUUUAACGGUACUUUCAAUGAUCUUGAUCACCAUCAAAUUGCGGCAUUGGCAAGUUGCUUCAUUCCAGGGGACAAAUCAAAUGAACAGAUUCACUUAAGAGCCGAACUUGCCAAACCGUUGCAACAGCUACGGGAAAGUGCAAGAAGAAUAGCAGAGAUCCAAUAUGAAUGCAAGUUGGAAAUUGAUGUAGAGGAAUAUGUAGAAGCAUGUAUUAGGCCAUUUUUAAUGGAUGUUAUUUAUUGCUGGUCAAAGGGAGCAUCAUUUGCAGAGGUUAUACAAAUGACUGAUAUCUUUGAAGGAAGCAUAAUACGGCUAGCACGAAGGCUUGAUGAAUUUCUGAACCAGUUGAAGGGUGCUGCACAUGCAGUAGGAGAGGUUGGGUUGGAGAGCAAGUUCAUUGCAGCCAGUGAAAGCCUGAGACGAGGAAUAAUGUUUGCAAAUUCUUUGUACCUCUGAAACUGCAGCAUUAUUAAGCAGAAGAUCAUCUCUUCUGAAGCACAUUUGUGAUUUGAGCAGGGAGCAACUUUGUCCCAGCAAACGAGGUUUGGUUAUUCUGUUACUGCUGCGCGGUUCCAUAGUCUAACAUCCACUUGAUGAUCUACAUGCAAUUUUUGUUGUAGGAGCAACCAAAGAGUAAAAAAAAUGUUUUUUUUGUAAUGACAAGAUGAAAUAGAUGGUAUAAGGGCAAGAGUUGAUAUAUUGUAUUCUUUGAAUGAGUUACAUAUUUUGUAAUUUUUGUCAGCAAAAGUCUGAAAUUCUUGAAUGGAACUAGUGUUCAUAUAAGAAACAUUAAGCUUGUCAUGUAAGAAAUAAAUUAGUGCAAG